AUGGACGCCGCUAUUAUCAUUCCUCCUGUAGCCGGACGAACCACCGACAAACGCUCACGUAUGUCCUGGGCCAAGAGAACACUCCCCUUGAAGAAUCCCACGUUCUUCAAGAAGGUCGGAGACAGUCAAUUAUGGCAUGAAGAGGUGGAGGCCACUGCCGGGCAACUGCACCCCUCAGAUCCUCGGUUCCCAUGGGGCUUCGUCCGUAACCACACCGAUACCUAUCUUAAGAAGAAGGGCAAACUUAGUCAGGAAGAUACAGAUAUAAGACUGACAGAACUGGUUCAAACACAUCGGACAAGAGAUAUCGCUGUAGCUGCUGUAGCACAUGCUAUGACAACGCAAAGCCUCAGCCUGUUGCUACUUGCUGAAACGAAUAUCGUAUAUGGAAGUUACUGGGGUCUCGACACAUGGCUACAGAGCUUGAUAGCCGCGAAUGAAGGCAACCCUGUCUCAACAACACGUUUAGAAGCACAAUGGGCACGUAUGCUUCUGCCUUAUUCCACUUUCGGCGCCAGCGCAGCCGGCCGCUACCUGAAGGGCGUGACGCACGCCCUGAAAGAGUUCGAAACACGGAACAUGCAAGGUGUCCUUGGUAACUUCGCGGCGAUUCUACGCAGAGCCAUAAAGGAUUAUGCAGCCCAACUGGAAGGUUUCCGAUUAACAUGUGACUGGGUCGCAGCUAAGCAAGCAGUAGACUGGAUGAGAAUACUGGACGUAUCGUUGCCUCUAGAUUCAUCAGGCACGCUCAGCAUAGAAAUUAUCUUCGAUGAGCAAUUUCCGGCCUGGAGGAUGUGGGCUUCAUGGAAACCAGACGUCGAUCGCCUCACACGAUAUUCCAAGUUAAACAGCAGAUGGACGUCGACUAUCCUCGAUCUGUUGGCGCUGGAAGGGCCUGAUCUGGUUACUGGCGCCGAAAGGACAUUACGCCAUGGGUUGGUAGCGGACUAUAGCGAGCAACGCCGAUGGAUACACUAUCGUGGUCUGGUAAUCGAAGUUCCUGAGCUUACAAGAGUAUGCUUGGCCGCCGUCUUAGGAAGACUCCUGCGAGGCUUGGAUUCAGUUUCUACCUCAAUAUCAGAUGGUGAAAGCCUAUUCAACCUCUUUCGAUCUUUGACGAUAGAACGAGCGAUCACCAAGAGCGAGCUAGAUCUUUUGGAUGCAUCCCUCGAGAUCGGCCAUAAAUCCAAAGCCGAUUACUUUACCGCUGUUCGUAGAAUAUGGUCUGAGAAAGAGCACGUUUGUGGAAUGCAUAUCAGUUCCCUUCAACAGCUUCUUGUUGUUCUCGAGGAACCUGAAGCGACAACUUUCCGCGAACUUUUCCUCCACGAUUGGUUCCUUCACGGCUUUGAGGAAUGCUUCCGCAAAUGCCAACUUGUCAUACGAGAGCAGGUCACUACCCCUGCUUGGCUACGUCUACUACUCGAGCUACAUGGAUUUUGUACUGCCGUUAAAGCAUCCACACACGUAUUUCCGCAGCUGAGGCUUGAGUUCCAGACCAAGAUGCGAGAUUGGCCAAGUGACCAACGAAUGACUUCGAUCAAGGAAAUCUAUAUCGCAGCUCAGAAUUUGUGUUUAGAUGAAGUGCAGACAAGGAGUGCAUUCGUUUGGGUUGACCCUGACAUCACCACUGGGUCCAUCUUACCAAGAUCCUAUUCAGAAGACAUCAAGGCGCGACACUCGAUAGAAGUAAUCAUCGAGAAAUACUGUCUCGACCACCUACUGAAUAUGGAUGCGACUUGCAAUACUGUUGAUGGAGCGUUGCGCGAUAUCUUAGAGGUCUGGGAGAACACUGUGGAAGGAGUGAAUGACAGUGACCGGCGCAUGCUCGCAAUCCUUGUUUCGAGAGAUAUUGGUCACUCUGUAGUACACCGCUGCGAGUGCAUUUUUGAGCUUGCCGUAGAUCUCGGUCUAGGUCAACAAUCUACGUUUGUUGAGGACAUGUUACGUAUCGUUAAAGUGGCGGAGAAUGAUUCGCGGCAAGCCAUCAUUGCCUUCACGAACAUUCUGGCCAUCCGAAAAGGCUGCACGCAGUGUUGGAGAUCUCUCUUGUACAGAUGGCUGGAUCAAGACGAUAAGCUCGAAGCAAGGAACGGAACUGCCCUCGUUGAUUACUUGGCCCAAACGAUGAACACUAGAACUUGGCUCUCGUUCAUGCGAUCGCUCGAGACACUCUUCAAGGAUCUAGUCUUCUACGACACCGAAGAGCAUACAUUACCAUCUUUAUUGGACCCUCAGCUUCUUUCCUGGGUAUCGAAGGUGAACAAGUUUAGUCGUACUUUGAUGAUUCUUGAAGACUUGGGUGGCGAUUCCAUCGCAGUACGCUCAAUUCUUUCCUCAAGCAAAGAACCACAGAGAACAGAGAAUCUCGCUAUACUCUCAUAUCUUCAAAGAGCUGAAGGUAGUCUAUCCGAGGCGAUCAUGCAGAGAAUCGUUAUAUGGUUAUCCGGCAAGAGAUCGGACGUGCACGAAGUCAAAGAAUGCUUGCACAAACUACUUGGCGCGGCUAACGACACCAUACUAGCUUGUCAAGAAAUUUUCGAUGCGAAAUUUGGCUUCUUAGAUAUACCCGGCCUUCCCACCCACGAACAAGCCGGUCUCAACAGGAUUGUUGGGAGAGACUACGUCUUCUAUGAGGGCACAUGCAAACUAUACAAGACCACUCUAGAAGGCGACUCGUCGACCCCCAGGAACAUCGAACCACGUACACAACACGUUGUUUCCAGAAGAAGAUACGACACUCCAUUAGCAGUGGCUGAGGUCAUGGUUGCUGGCUGGAUCCAAGACGACGGCGUGAAACCGGAGAUGAAGACUGUCAUUGACUGCUUCGCUCGGUUGCUCAAUUUGGAGGUAUACAGUAAUGCAAUACCUGAAACGGAGCUUCUCAAAGCAACAGAAUUCUGGGAGGGCAUUGAAGCAGAAAUUACGCGAGAAGCCGAUCGCCUCGAGGGUCUGAAGCGAGCACUCAAAAUGAAAGACCCUGUGGGUACCGCCCUGUUACUUGAGGAGUAUGACGUGCCCGACACUAGCUUCCUUGAAGAGGAAAUACUGGAACUCCCUGCUGGUAUUGUUGAUCUAGUCGAGCUGAUAGACGAUGACGAGGUCGAGAUGAGCUUCUCGCUCGCUUCGUACACUGAGCUACAACGAAGCGCCAUGGGCGUUCCAGGCGCAGCAAAUAACUUACUCGUACGGUUAUAUCUCAACCGUUAUGGGAACACGCCGCCAAGAUUCUGUACACAUUACGACAGCGACACUGAUCUUGAGACUAUGCAACAUAUCCCAUGGAUUUGCUAUGAGUCGUCUAUAGUGCCACACGAGCAUGUAUGCUUUUCACCGCAAAGUGUUUUCAUAUGGCAGCUUAACAGACUCAUUCUGAAGCACAUUAUCAGCCGGGAUGUAACGAUAGCAGGAUUCUAUUCCACCGUUUCAUGUGCCAUCAGAGAGAUGGGCCGCCUGUGUGUCUGCUGUGGAGCAGAUCAAAAAGCGAAGAAGGCGCAAUUACGAAGAUCGACGCCUUGCAGCCUCGUCGCAUGUGCGCAGCUAUGGUACGACGACAUUAUAUACGAAGCUGCAAAUAGUACGUUCGCUGAUCACCAGCAUAAUAGGUAUUCCCUCCCACUAGAGAUCCGCAUACCAGAAAUUCGGACGGACAUCUUCACUGUCGACAUGCUCUUGUCCUCCGUGUACAAUGCAGCUUGUACCGACUCCCUAAAAUUCCUCCCAGACUGCCCUAUCCGUACAGCCAGCUCCAUCAAAGCAAUCCUCAACUCACUCCCAAAGCUCUCUGUGAUCCGUGACGCAGUCCACAUCUCCAGGGUCCUUGAACAGUACCACGCCGACGCCGAAAAGCUCAUUUCAUGGGCCUGUACGCAGUUUCGAGGCUAUAUAGCUACAGCGAGUGGGUUGUGUAAGAUUAAAAACUUACCAAUAGGUACCCAUCAAUUUGUGCUCGCGAAUGCGAGUCCAAAGCUCGAAACAACAUACUUGUCCCGCCUACCGAAACCCUCUUCGGAAACUACAGUACUCUUCCAUGGCACAUCACUCGACCGCCUCCCGGCAAUCCUUACCCAAGGCCUCGUCGUUUGCUCUGGCACAUCUUUAGAACGCACCGGCGCCGUAUACGGAAAAGGCAUCUAUCUGGCGGAAGACCCUGCGACUUCAUUCAGUUACUCGACUAUCAACUCGAGCUGGCGUAACAGUGCGCUUUCCAAUAUGCGACUUAUGCUUGGAUGCGAGGUCGUUGGCAAGGGGAGGAGCGUGAGUCGUGGGAUUCAUGCAUUGGAAGAUGGACGUGAUGUUAUGGUGAGGUAUAUUUUCCUGUUUCCACGUAAUUCUGUAGCACCUGUGGCGAAUCAUAUCGUUACUGCUAUGGGGAGUGCAAUGGCGGCAUUGAGGACGGGCGUUGUGUAG